AUGGUCUGCCGCCUCUUCUUAGGGGCAGUUGCCCUUUCAGUGUGUAUGGGCACUCUACGGGCAUCCGAUGCCCCACAAAGCAGCACUUCCAUACAUAUGAAGGCUGAGGAGGUAUGGGGCCAUGUUUUCUGCGACCCCGUGUUAAUGCCAAGCCUUACGAUAGCCCUUAACGGGACUCCCCUUGGAAAUACAACUUUGCUGCCAGCAUUCCACAAAAGCCCGGCGUUUGGAAGAAGCACUGCUGUGGGCAGCUAUACAACGGGGUCGCCAUCACUUGAAUUCAGGCUGCCUCCUCUGCUCCCUGGCUCUUACCUUCUUGAGGUGCUGCACCCCAGCCUGAUCUUCCCAAAGUACAGGGUUGUUACAACGAGCAGCAGCAGCGAAGUGUACCUGCUGAAUGAGUACGUCAUGCCUACCAGUUUGUCCCCACUGCCGAUGCCUGUCACUGUGGCGCCCACAGGCGUCCCGCGAUACUUCCCCGCACAGGGCGGCUUCAGCAUAUUCGACUUGCUGCGACAGCCCCUCGUCAUCCUUGUACUUGUGUCUCUCGGCAUAAUGUACUUCCUCCGCAAAAUGCAAGAGGCGCAGACAGAGGCGGAGAGUCAGCAGCAGGAGCAGGAGUUGCCCGAGCAGCAGGCCGUGGAUUCCUUGCACCAAGAAGCCCCAGAGUCUGCCUUCGUCGCGAAGCUGAUACGACAAGGCGGGCACUAA